ACCUGCUCAGUUAGUUCCGGAGGUUGGAAUAAGGCGAACGAAACAUGGAACUCAUUAACGCGGUGCUGGCCGCGUUUAUCUUCGUAGUGUCGGCGCUGUACCUAUUCAUACGCAACAAACACAACUAUUGGAAGGAUAAUGGAUUUCCAUACGCUCCGAAUCCUCACCUUUUAUUUGGACAUUCAAAGGGACAAGCGCAAACUCGCCAUGGUGCCGACAUCCAUGAAGAGCUGUACAAGAAGUUUAAGCAGCUUGGUGAACGGUACGUUGGUAUUAGCCAGUUCAUCAUACAAUCGGUGCUCGUAAUCGAUCCGGACCUGAUUAAAACGAUCCUGGUGAAGGACUUUAAUGUGUUCCACGAUCACGGUGUGUUCAACAACGCGAAAGAUGAUCCACUGUCGGGUCAUCUCUUUGCACUGGAAGGAAAUCCGUGGCGUUUGUUGCGUCAGAAGCUUACGCCCACCUUCACAUCCGGCCGGAUGAAGCAAAUGUUUGGCACGAUUUGGGAUGUGGCGCUCGAGUUGGAAAAGUAUAUGGAAGCGAACUACAACCAGCCGGAGAUCGAGAUGAAGGAUGUGUUGAGCCGAUUUACGACCGAUGUGAUCGGUACGUGUGCGUUCGGAAUCGAGUGUAAUACGCUCCGGACAGCAGACUCAGAGUUUCGCAAAUACGGCAACAAAGCGUUUGAGCUUAAUCCGAUCAUUAUGUUUAAAUUGUUCCUUUCCUCAUCGUAUCCGGGACUGGUGCGAAAGCUUCGCAUGAAGAUCACGUACGAUGAUGUGGAAGAUUUUUUCAUGAAAAUUGUGCGCGAUACUGUCAACUAUCGGGAAACGAACAACGUAAAGCGGAACGACUUUAUGAACUUGCUGCUGCAGAUCAAGAACAAGGGCAAGCUGGACGACAGUGAUGAUGGUAGUGUUGGCAAGGGUGAGGUAGGAAUGACGCAAACGGAACUAGCAGCACAGGCAUUCGUGUUUUUCUUGGCCGGGUUCGAAACGUCCUCCACCACGCAAAGCUUCUGCCUGUACGAGCUGGCCAAGAAUCCCGACAUUCAGGAGCGCCUUCGGCAGGAAAUCAACCAAGCAAUCAACGAAAACGGUGGACAGGUGACGUACGAUGUUGCCAUGAGCAUACAGUAUCUGGACAAUGUGAUAAACGAAACGCUCCGGAAGUAUCCUCCAGUAGAGUCGUUGAAUCGCGUACCAUCGGUUGAUUAUGUUAUCCCCGGUACGAAACAUGUGAUACCGAAAAGAACGCUAGUACAAAUUCCAGUGCAUGCUAUCCAGCGUGACCCGGACCACUAUCCCGAUCCGGAACGGUUCGAUCCGGAUCGUUUUACACCGGAGGAGGUGAAGAAGCGACAUCCGUUCACGUUCCUUCCGUUCGGUGAGGGGCCACGCAUUUGCAUCGGGCUGCGGUUUGGUGUGAUGCAGACCAAGGUGGGUUUAAUAACGCUGCUGAGAAAAUUCCGUUUCUCACCGUCAGCGCGGACGCCGGACCGAGUAUCGUUUGAUCCGAAAAUGAUUACUCUGUCACCGAACGAGGGCAAUUACUUGAAAGUGGAAAGAUUGUAA